CCCGCCCAUCAAGCAUUCGGCCGAGAGACAGAGAAUACCACCGCUGCCUGGCAUCAAUUGUAAUUAGUCAUUACGGGAAUUACACUGAAUAAAUCACCUAGAUCAAAAUGGACUCGAGCUCAGCGGUCAAGGGUCAAGAUGUGCUUGCAGGACUUGAUCGUUUCAAACCUCUUCCCGACCUCCGCACUCAUGCAGACGAUUGGACUGGUGUAACUUCAAGGCAGGAAAGAAAGCGACGACAGAACAGGCUCAAUCAAAGAGCAUGGCGCCGAAGAAAGGGUGCUCAUUAUACAUCAGAUGGACAACAAUCCCAGACUGUCACAGCGACAUCCACUCAUACUUCUCAUGAUGAUUCGGUGGUGUUGAGAGACACUUUCCCUUCGAUAUUUGCUAGAGCACCGAUCAUUGGCGAUGGGAUUUUACUCAUACCCAAUGUAUGCGAAGCAGAGAGACUUCGAAACUUGAUACGUCAGUCUCUUGAAGACUAUUCACUACAAACCCCGCGCCCAUCCAACUUGCACAUAAUCAUCCGCCUAAAUGUUCUGAACGCCAUAGCCGACAACGCCACAGUAAUUGGAUUUCCAAAGGAAAGUCUAUGUCGGGAUGAGUUCAUAUCGCCCUUCUACCAGACCGGCCCAAUCCAAAUCCCAUCACCCAACUGUCCCGCGAGUCUUCAACCAACGUCGCUGCAGCGCUCGACGGCACAUCAUCCCUGGAUAGACCUGUUCCCUUUCCCCAAGUUCCGCGACAAUGUUCUUCGUGGUAUGCAAAAAGGGUUGUUCGACGAUGAUGAACUCUGUGGCGAUCUGUUGGGAGUUGAAGGAGCAGGAGUGGGGGAGCAGCCGUCGCUUUUGGUGUGGACUAUCGCUUGGGAUGCAAGAGGUUGGGAAGUAAAUGCCGCGUUUGUGAAGAAAUGGGGGAGCCUGAUUCAAGAUUGCCCUGAGAUCAUGGAUUCGACGAAUUAUUGGCGGAGAAAGAGGGGACAACCUGCGUUGACGUUUGAUGUUGAUACUGACACCGGUCCAUGAAAUAGGAAAGGCUCUUCAAAGUCGAUUAUGGCACGUCCUGAGAAUACCGGGCAACACUCAGAAGAUAAUAUGAACUGUGGCAUGUCUGUGGACCGUUAUUGUCCCUUAGAAGCCUCCGCCUGCUGCGAGUCAUCCCUCUUGGUGUCCGAUGGCACCGUGGGAGUACUUGUUGACCUCGUCAUCUGGCCUCCUUCUCUCAUACCUCCCUGGCCAGCGUCGCCCUUCAGCAGGAUAUCAUCCACAAAGAAACUGGCCAGGAGACAUAGAGCCAUAAGAGGUAUAGUUGUGAUGAAGAUCACUCGAAAACCUUGCAUGCGCGCAUCGAUGAUAGCGCUUUCGAACUCUGGUGUGUUGGGGUCUCCAACAGCCCAGGUUCCAUCCAAAACACGGUCACGAAGCCAUUCCGGCACCUCGCUGGUUUGUGAAAGGGCUUUGCUUAGAGUUGCAUAGUGUGCAGGUGUGGACACAGCGAUACCAACAACGCCGCCGAGGGAGCGAAAGACGUUGCGAGUUCCUGUCGCUACAGCACGGUCUUCGUCUGCAGAGUUGGCUUGUAGUGCAACAAGGCCUCAAUCGGAGUUAGUGCAUUAGACAAAUUGACAGUCCAUCGUCAAAGGAAGCGUUCGACGUACCUGGCUGAUGGACCCAUCCUAUCCCAGCUCCUUCAACAGCUAGAACUACUACGUAGACGGCGACAUGAGUGUGCUCAUUGAAUAGAAGUUUGAGGCCGGCACCGAUCGUCCAAAUUGCGAAACCAGUCCGUAAGAUGGGCAUGUAUCUGUAGAUGCGUGAGGAA